CCGGAACAGGCGGGACUCGGCCAGCCGGAAGAGGAGGGGCGGAGGAGGCCCUUACUGUGGUGGAGUGAGAGAGAGAGAGAGAGUGCCGCUCUUCCCCCCCUCCCCCCGAUUCUCUCCGUGGCGCUCCUGAAACUAUGUCGGAAGGAGUAGACCUCAUUGAUAUCUACGCCGACGAGGAGUUUAACCAGGACUCUGAAUUUAGUAAUACUGACCAGAUGGAUCUAUAUGAUGACGUGCUAGCUGCCAGCUCACAACCUUCUGAAAGUUGCACUAGCAGCUCUGAGCCACCAGUUGAAAGCCGCCAAGAACAAUCUCCUAAAUCAAACAGCAAAUCACCUGCUAUUUUGAAUACAUACAGUGGACUGCGCAAUAAAAGGGCUGCUGUUUAUGUGGGCAGCUUUUCUUGGUGGACAACUGACCAGCAAUUGACCAGAAUAAUCCGCUCUAUAGGUGUUUAUGAUGUUGUGGAGCUGAAAUUUGCUGAGAACAGAGCUAAUGGCCAGUCUAAAGGAUACGCAGAAGUGGUUGUUGCUUCUAAGAUCUCAGUCCACAAACUUCUAGAGCUGCUACCAGGGAUGAUUCUAAAUGGAGAUAAAAUAGAAGUCAAGUUGGCUACCCGGCAAAACCUUGCACACUUUAAGGCACAAGCCCGAAAACGCGUGCCUCCAAUGGAUCACUCAAGGGAUUCCUCAGACUCUCUUGAUGGCCGAGCAGCUCCAACAGAGAAUGCUAUCCCACCACCACGCAUUGAGAAACCUCCCGUUUUACCUUUCUUCAACCGUCCUCCCUCUGCGCUUCCUCUGAUGGGGCUGCCCCCUCCACCCCUACCGCCCCCUCCACCACUUACUUCAAGCUUUGGAGUUCCCCCUCCCCCUCCCGGUAUCCAUUACCAGCACCUCAUGCCUCCCCCACCUCGACUUCCCCCCCACUUAUCUGUGCCACCUCUUAUUGUUACUGCAAUUACUGGGGUGAAACCAAUUGAAAAAGGGAGAUUUGUAAAGAAUACCUCUUUGAAGCAGAUGUUGAAAUUAUUUGAAGUACUGAAAAUCUUAGAGAAUAUUGCUUCAAGUACCACAUAUAGCUUGGUCUCACUGCUAUAAUAAAUCCAUGAAAUUUUAUUCAAAUUUGCACUAUUCAAAGUAAUAUUUCUGUAGAAAAUUGAGAAACUGGGUUCAAUUCAACGGAAAUAAGCAACAAAAUGUUUUAAAAGAGAAAUGUGUAUGUAACUAAAAAUGUAUUUUUAAUUUAAAUUUAUAAUAAACCAUGUCACAGAGUUCUCUUAGAAAGAAUAAAAACAAAAAAACUUCUAAAUUUCAUUCCUAAAGAUAAACUUACCUAACAAAAAUGUACUUAUUGUCUCUCAAUCUCCUUAAAAUGCAGUAUUUGCAAAUCAUAAAAAGAUGCAAUUUUAUUUUUAUUUCCUCUGAAUUUUUAUAAUAUGGUGCCCUGUAAUCAGACAUUCCAACCGAUUGUGGUAUUUUAGUAUUUCUUUGGUUCAUGUUGUUCAAUUACGUCAAUUUUUUGCUUUAAUGUAAUGACAAGCUUCUUCUUUUUUUGAGCUUGUACUCAAACUUGUACUGUUGGAGUUUGAUUCCUCCAAAAGAAUCAUCCUUUUCAUCUUUUUUUAUCUAUUGUGCACAAACAUUAGCAACAUCUAAAACUUCAACCACAGAACUUUCCAGUGCCAAAAUAUCCAAUAUACUGAUAAUAUAUAGACAUAGGUACUUACUCUUCUGGAAUGUGUAGGCAUUCUCUAAUGUAUAUACGUAGCUAGGGGACAAGACCUAAAUCAGGUUUUAAGUAACAUAGCCACUUUUAAAGAGAUGUUGUAUUUAAAGAUGUGUAAGCACUAACAUUUUCAAAUGCACUACGUUCAACCCUUCAAUAAAUUACUCUGAAUUUACUGUUCAGUGCUCAAAGUUCAGUAGCAAAGUACACAUUUUAAAUAAAAGUUGUCUCUACAAUAUUAUCCUUAAAAGGAAUCAAAUAAUAUGUCUAGCAAAUCUAUGAUAAAGUGGUCAUCACAAGUCUGAAUAGAAUUUGGUUGGUAUAAUAAACAGAAGGCAAACCACAUACAAAUUCGAGGCAAAAUGCUCCUCUAUCCUGAAAACUU